AUGUCGAUCAAGGAGUCAUUAAACAAGAAACUUUUCCAAAUGAAAACGACGCUGAAUAUGGCAGAGAAGACUGUUGACGUUGAAUUUGACAAAUUGAUGAAAGUGUUUCAAUACCAAGAAAGUGGGUUGAACGAGUUGUAUCACAAUUUGAUGCAAAUGUUGGACCAAAUUGAAUUGUACCACAAAGGGAGACAACUCACGGCAGAGACGUUGGAUCGUCUGACUCUGCAGAACGUCGAAUUAAAUUCGGCGUCAAAGAAGUAUCGGACCGUUAACGACGUCGAGAGUUUGUCUGUCAAACGAUAUAAACAAACGGUCGAACGGAUCAUAUUAACGCCACUGAUGGAGAUUAAAAGAGUGUAUAACGAGUUGGACUCCCGUUUUGUGAUACUCAAGAAGAGACAUAAGAACUGCGAUAGAAUGCUCGAUGAGAUGAAUACAUCAAAGUCGGAAAACUAUCAAAACGCGAAGAAUCGAUAUGACCACGCACUUGGCUUGUAUGUGUAUUUGCGAGACGAGUUGAUGGGAGAUAUGAACAAUACAAUGGACUCUUCUUUGGCAAUAUACAACGAAGUUAUGAUCGGAUUAUUGGGAUGUGAUAUGUUAUAUGCAGAACAGCUCGAGGAAGUACGGGCGCCUUUAAUCGCAUUACAAUCCGCGUUGGAAAGUAAUCUCAUUAAAGUCGUUCGUAUCACCCCGGUCGAACAGUCGUCUGUCUCUGAAGAGUUCGUCGCUUUUAUACGCCAGCAGGACUUACGGGAUGGAAAACUCAACAUCUCAAAUCCACUCGUUUCGAAAAGUGCAAUCAAAACGCCAAAAUCUCAGACCCUCUCUCCAAGAUCGCCAAGGGUCGCUCCAAAUCCACCGAAAAAAGAACCACCAAAAGUCCCUCAAAAAAGUGAGAAGGAUAUAGUGGUCCAUGUAAACGUCAAGAAAAGUGAUAAGAGUGACGAUCUCAAGAUCGUAGCUACAAAAAAAUCAACAAAGAAAAACUUGAGGAAUAUCCAAAAGCGACAAACGCGGCUUUUAAUGGACAUGAAGGGCACUAACAGUUCCGACGAUCAAAAUAACAAAAGUGAAAAAAUGGAAAAACCUCAACUUGUCAAAAUCGCAGAAGAGAACGAGAUCCAAAAUGACGGAACGAUCGAAUAUAAGAGCGAGGAUUUCAGAAAAGUGCAAAAGCCUGAAAGUCAAAUAAUUUCUGGAAAAGAAAAAGAGACGGACUUGGACGAUCUCGACGACGACUGGCUCGGCCAGGCUGAUGUCGACUUCUCUGCCUUCAUCAACUCUUCCAAUGAACCUGCGAUGUACAGAGCAUUAUUUAACUAUACUGCGACAGACCGAAUGGAAUUAUCUUUCAAGAAGGGAGACUUGAUCAAAGUCAUUUCGACCAAAGAAGACUGGUACGAGGCUGAGAUCAAUCAGAAGCGGGGAUUAGUCCCAUCCAACUUCCUUGAAAAGGUCUGA